UCACCACCAAAGCAUCCAACUUUCUUUGCUUCCUCUUUCAAAGCAACACAAAAUAUUAAAUCUCAAGAAACAAAGUAAAGAAAAAUGAAGAACGAAUCUACCUUCAUUGAUGUCCCUGCAGAAUCCAGCUCAGCCAUGAAAGGCAAAGCUCCUCUAAUCGGUGUAGCAAGAGACCACACUACUAGUGGCUCAGGUGGAUACAACAGAGGACUCGCCAUCUUUGACUUCCUCCUCCGUUUAGCUGCCAUUGUUGCAGCUUUAGCUGCUGCCGCCACGAUGGGAACAAGCGACGAGACUCUUCCCUUCUUCACACAGUUCUUACAGUUCGAAGCUAGCUACGACGAUCUACCAACUUUCCAGUUCUUUGUGAUUGCCAUGGCCCUUGUAGGAGGAUAUCUCGUUCUGUCUCUUCCAAUCUCCGUCGUCACAAUCCUUCGCCCUCUCGCCACCGCCCCAAGACUCCUCUUGCUCGUUCUUGACACUGGGGUCCUGGCGUUGAACACGGCGGCUGCAUCAUCGGCGGCAGCAAUAUCAUAUCUAGCACACAGUGGUAACCAGAACACGAACUGGCUCCCCAUUUGCCAACAGUUUGGAGACUUCUGUCAAAAAUCCAGCGGAGCUGUUGUCUCUGCCUUUGUCUCCGUCGUAUUCUUCACCAUCCUCGUUGUCAUCUCCGGCGUCGCUCUGAAAAGACACUAAUCAAAACCUUAUAUGUGUGUUCAUCAUUAUUGUAAAAUUUAUGUCACCAUUGUGUAAUUAUUACUCAUCCAUGGCCUUGUGAAUUGUGUUGUAUUAAUCUUUUUAAAAAGGAAAAUGAAAGUGUGAUUGUAGCUCUGCUUUUCUGGAAAAAAAUUGAAAUGAGUUUCUCAAUUUUUUGUCCACCAAAGCCUAUGAGAUUAUAAAUGUCUCCUAUAUUUGUCUCUACGAAAAUACCCGGUAAUGAUAAUGUUACAGUGAGUAGCAGAGAAAUAUCUUACGUGGUGUUAUCUUAGUGG